AUGCAACCCGCAUCAAGGCCUUCUGCUCGAAAACACAUCCGGCAGGAGGACAGGAGCAGGACUGAGUCUCCUUCACGGUAUUUGAUGCACCUAGAGGAUGUCCGGUAUGUCAUAGACCAGCUGCGAUCAAACCGCCCUCGGUUUCUCGCUUCCACCGCCCAUCGGCGCCAGGUGGAGUUGAGGAGUUGUUCCUGGUGGAGCCUAACCUCAUCCUCCACUGACAAAGAUGACGCCGCGGUACAGAUCACGCCUGAGUGUACCGAAGAUGUAACCGAUCACAGAGUUCAAUGCCACCCGGGCACAGGUGGUCACCAACUCAGCAGCGAACAGGAGCACGGCCUUGAGAGUCAUCAACAGCCGCUCUUAUGUCCGGACAGAGACGAAAAAAGCGUGCAGGAGGGCGUAGUGCAAUGCCCCUCACAAGGGUGCAGCGAUGCGCCGACGCAUAUUUCUGAGCCUCGAGGUCUCCAGCGGAGCCGGCGUAACCUGGUUCCAUCGGCGACAUCGAUGCAACCGUCGACAGUCACAGACCGCGGUGACGAUUUGGACACAUACUUGGCCGAACUGCUAGUCCCCUUUCUGCACGACGGAUUAGUAGCUCUGUGUAGGACUGUUGAACUGAUGAUGUCUGACACCGACAGAAGAAGGCUCGGGAACGGAUACCACAAUCGCUUUAAUCCUCUCUGUUGGUUGGCACAGUACCUUUUUCGUCACAACCCCACACCUCGGCCGAGGAUAUCCAAAAAUUCAAAAUGUAUAGGGAAUGAAAACACUGAACUUCCGGACAGGCUUCCAGGGGACCGCAAUGUGUGCUUCCAACGGCGAGUCAACUGCAAAUAUAGACCAUUCUACGACCUCUUUAAGGACAUAGUCAAUGACGAGCGGGCCCGGCGAGACUUUCUUCUCCGGAAAGAAGAAGUUCGGUACGUGUUCGACGCGUUCCGGCACGAAAAGGGUUGCCGACAGCAUAACGAAGGCGCUGCUAGGAAUUUGCCACAUCGUCCCCCUCAAAUCAAUGACAUCGCGGUUGAGGGCGAAGUCGGAAAUCGCAGUGGUGCGGGCGAUCGGAAGGGAGUCGGCGUCGUCGCACCUCCUCCCGUGCCGCAAAACACGGCCUCUACAACGGGAGAAGCAGAGGCAGCCCGCGUAGUUCACCAGCAUGGUUCAGCAUGGGAGGCCGUGCCACAAGAUGGUAAUGAAACUGAGAACCUUGAGACUCGACCUUACACUCCAAUCGCGGUUGAUGAUAUCCCGGACCUUCUCGAGCGUCUAGAUCGCCUCUGGGAAAUGGGUGGGCGCAUGGCAGAGCUGUUCGAGAAGAGCACUCUUCCCCUAGUUCCCACAGGAGACUUCAAACUGGUUAACUACAUUCUCCCACUACAGCAGGCUGAACUGGUGACCGUAGAUUCAGACGAUGUGCAAAUUGGAGAGUUCUGGGAGUUUUUGAAGGACUAUACCGAGGUACAAUAUUGGAUCAGACGAGAGCUUUACAACAAACGGCAACAGAAUGUACAAUUGCAUCGUCGAUCUGCCAUGGGGGUCGCUGUUAUUGACGGUCUCAACGGACGCAAUAUGGUAGUCGCGCAAAAGGGUGACGAUGACAACGUGGGAGACUCGGAGUCGACGAAGUAUCAAGAGCUGUCAGCGUCGAAUGGGAUUCCCUUUCCUCCUCUAUAG